GGAGUACGCACACAGUGAUGACGUCAUUCACAAGCAAGUUGACGUUCACGUCGAAAAACAACACAACUUUUUGUGUUUUCCACAAGAUUUUGUGAAUAUCACCGAUUGUUUUUUACUGGAAGUUGAAGCCGCACAAAAAGUAAUGUAGUGUGCUGUUCUCGUCGAAGAGGUGUCUAUCAGUAGCUAUCAUAAAUCUAGAAAUGAAGAGGAAAAUGGCUUCGUCUGAUGAUUAUGAUGAAGAAGCUGUGGCUCACAGAUUGAACAACGUGAGCUUGGAUGAGUCAGGUGGCGUAGAAACCGAGGAAAUGGAGCAAGAAACUGACACAGAUUUAUCAGACCUGCCCACAGCCUUGAUUGUGGCAAAUCUGGAUGAGAGGAUAUUUGAUAAUAAAGACGAAAAGGAAAAAUUUGAAGCCAUUUUCAAGAAUUUUGAGGAAAGUGCCUCAUUUCAGUAUUUGAAGAGUUUCCGUCGUGUUCGUGUGAACUAUUCCUCUCCAUUAAUUGCUGCAACAGCUAGGAUUACAUUAGAGCAACUGCAGGUGGAAAUUUGUGAUAAAGAACUGAAAGUUUAUUUUGCUCAGCCUCCUCCAAAAGAAGAUUCUUCUGUUCAGCAUUUACAACCACCACUUCCUGACAAAAUGUUUUUAAUCUCUCCCCCUGCCUCUCCCCCAGUGGGUUGGGAGUCCUGCUAUGAGGCAGAGCCAGUGGUCAACUAUGAUCUUCUUGCUGCAAUUGCAAAUCUUGCACCAGGUCAGACCCAUGAGCUCCAUGCUGGGUCAGCGGAGCAGCCUGCCAUAGUGGUACAUGUGUGUGAAGACCCAGAGGGCUACGGAACCAUAGGGAGAGGAGGAGCCAGGAUGAAGAUUGUACAGACUCGCUGUCCAGACAGAAAAACAUGAUCAAAGUGAUCAAGACUUGUUGGGAAUAGUAGUUAAAGAAAUCUCUUCAUAUUUACUUGGGUGCUGAGUCCUCAUAAGAUGUGUCAUUGCCUCAAAUUCAGGUGGAUACUUCUACACAAUAUGAUGUUGAAACUUGAGAUGAAGAAUGCCUUCUUAUCAACAGCAUGGCCUUGCAAAGUUUUCACAACUUGGAAAAAUGCCUUGACAAAAGAGGGAGCUUCAGGACUUCCAAGACACACCAAAUUGGAAAGUUUGAUUGAUAGCUGGAAUUUUUGUGCUUUCUGUCCAUGUGCUUUCUGUUUUAGGUGCAUAAAACAGAAGUAGGAAGAAUAUAAGACAUGGUAUGGUGGAAGUAUAAACCUUUCAGUUUUUUUUUUCUUUUUUAAUUCAUAUUAAUACUGUUAGGAUACUUAAUUUCAGUUUCAAGGGAAUUUUAAAUUGUAUAUUACUUGGCCAGUAUUCUUUAAGCAUUUUUCACAGCUAACUUAGUUAACAUAUUCUUUGAAUCUUGCUUCAUCUCAGUUAUGUUUCUAUGCAUGAUUAUCCCUUUUAUGUUAUGCCAAAUACAUUAUUAUCAUCUUUUUUGAGUCUCCUUUUCAUGUUUCAUGCCUGCCAUCUGUAGUUGUACACAGCUGUAGUAAUUUAAAUGAUUUUGUUGUUAAAUGUUAGAAAAUUGCCCAUCAAAGCACCAUUAAGAUAUGAAAACUUGAUACCACAGGGUAUAAUUGGCAUAAGUAUUUAAGUGCAAUGAAUUAAGUGUCACAAUAUUGUGUGUUGAGAGACCUGUCUGAAUACUAUUAUACAUGUGUGCAUACACAUAAUUUUUCCCCAUCAGUAGUUUCUUAGUGAAGUAAUUUUUUUCUGGAUGGCUAGUAAAAUUUAUCUCUGUUAAAUUGCAAAAGGGCGAUGGUCACAAAAAAAGAAAAGGUAAAAACAUUUAAUCACAUAACAGAAAUGCUUAUUUUGAUAAUGGUUAAAUGUAACAGGUAACUAUUAUCUGGAAAUCUUGUCAGCAAAUAGUUCUUUCAGUAUUUCCAGAUCCUGCUCUAAACUAUCUAGAUUUAUGACAUGACUUUUACAGUGGUGUUUUAUCUUAAAUUGUCUGAAUGUGAGUGUAGCUUAAGGCUAUAAGGAAAAAAAAAGGUAAAAUGGACUUUGCUUAUAAGGUAAAAGGAAGGUGCUGAAAAUGGCUAGGCAGUUUCCUACUAUGGUGCUUGUGGAAAGUAGGGAAAAGGGAGUGUUAAUUGUCAACAUUCAGAAUUUUUGUUUAUCUUAGGUUACCAUGGACAGGAUAUAUCACUUCACUUUUUUUAAAUGGUCAGUUUGAUUAAUUUUUUUACACACCAGUUAUAAAAUGAUGUAAAUAUCUGGUGUGAUACUAAGAUAUACCGGUAGAAUGCAUGCUGCCCACACUUAAGAUUUACAUCAUUGGUUAGAUACAAAUAGGUAGUACUGAUAUCAACCUUUAAAAGUUAAUCGAGCAUUUGUAUUUGUUUAAGAAGCUAAAAGGUGCAUUCUUUGUAUAUAUUUUGAUUUUUAUAAAAAUGCUUAACUGCCAAUCUAAAUUGUAUAAAUAUAUGUAUAGAUUGGAUUGUAAUAUGUUGAUGCUAUUAACCAUUUGGCAAAAUACUAAACAUUUGAAUUAAAUGUUACAAAUAUUGAAAGAUCUAUAAAUGGCAUAUUGAUAAAGCAACAUCUUUCUUGUUGUAUGUUCCAUUGAUUAUACACAUUAAUAGAAGUUUCUUUCCAUGGUUGGCCCUUUCAUAACUAUAAACAUGAAGGAAAAAUUACUGAUUUUUUUCAUAAACAAAUUAAUAACAAUUAAGAUUUGGAAUGAAUAAUUUUUAAUAUUUCCUAUAUUAAUUGUUUUGGAUAGCUUAUUUCACUGUAUGUUGUGGUAUUGAUGUAUCAUGAGAAGAUACAGAUGUUUGUGAUGUUUAUGUAAUACUGUUAGUGAUUGAAUAAACUGUACU